AUCGAUUUAUUUCGUCGUAUUUACAACUAGCAAGCAGGAAAAGAAUCGGGGAAAAAGUAGACCCUUUUCUAGCUGUCUGUGGCUGGCCUAUGCUUAAUAAAAAAGUACAAAGACGAGUGGACGACGUCGCUCCUUCCGUCAUCAUCUGACCGUCUGUGAAUCGGCUUUUACAUCGGAAUCCGCCACUCGGCCAGGGGCAGACGAGCUCAUUUAUCGCUGACGUUCCAGACUAGUUCGCCCGUCGAUCGGCGCCUCUGAAAAAAACACACCAGACCUCACCAAAAAUUCGCCCGAAAUGUUGCGUUUUCUCGCAAUAGUUUUCCUCUUUGAAAUCGCUUUGCACGGACAAGGGUCCGCUGCUUCGGAAGAACAAUUCCCUCAUCAAAAUAUAACGAUCCAGCCUAUUAUUGACCCGACAACUACACUUUCACCUUCAUCACCCACCACCACCACUACUAUUCCACCCACCACUAACACACCCAUCACUUCUCCAACCACAAAACCUCCAACCACAAAACCUCCAACCACAAAACCUCCAACCACCACUCCUCCAACCACCACUCCUCCAACCACCACUCCACCAACCACCACUCCCCCCCAUACAACUACACCUAAUACAACUACCAUAAAACCUGAACCAUCCACAACUCCUUCACCUUCACAUCCUUCGGAUAGAAAAUUUGAUGCCUUCAGUUUUCUUGGUGGUUUCUGCUUAGCCCUUGGAUUGGUGGCUAUCGGAUUUUUAGGCUGGAAAUUCUACGUAAGCAGGCAUGAUAGUGUGUACCACACCUUGUAAAUGGUUUAUAUGCAGCCACUACUUAUGCAAACAAAAAUAAAAAAAAAAAAAGGAAAAGAAAAAAAGAAAUUUAGCCCCGUCCAUGUUUCUUUAUUCUUUAUAUAAUUUUUUUAAAAGUCGAUUCCUGUCAAAUAUGGAAAAUUGUUUUAACUUUUUAAAUCGAAUUGGAUGCAUGCAUGAAUAAAAUUAUUUUGCCAUUAUAAUAGAUUUGAAUGCAAUAAUCUUGACGAGGUUAAUAAGCAUAGUAGAAUUAUAUAAAAUCAAUAAAAAUUAGUGCAGAUAUUUGCGUACUAUUUUCGUCGGUAAAAAUUGACUAGUAAUAUACAUUAUAAAAAUUAUUUUAGUUCUAAAUCGUGAAAGUUUUUUUUUGUUUUUAUUGUAAGGUGCCUAUGUUAUUAUAAAGGUAUCUGUGAUAAUUUCAAUUUUUGGCUACUUUUACAGUUACAGUACAGAUUACAGUUUUAAUAUCAUUUACAGGAGUAUGGUGUGUGCUUUUAUCAGUAAAUUAAUGUUUUGUCAUGUUGAUGUUUACAUAUUUGCAAACAUAAAUAAAUAACAUUCACUUAAUUAAACACUUUUGUAUAAAAAUAAAUUGAUCACUACUUCAUUGUGUGUAAAAGGAGGCUUUUAUUUUUAAUUAUUAUAUGUAGUAAUAAUAAUACAUUGCAUUACAUGUAAAUAUUCAAGAUGUUUUUUUGUUGUCUAUUAUGGCUUAGGCAUAUGAGA